AUGAAAUCCUCGAGAGGAAAGAAUAUUCCAAGUACUUACACGGGGCAGCCACUUGAUAUGCUUCCCAAGGCUUUACAUCAACAACCACUAUUUGUUUCUCCUCAAAACAACCUGAAUCAGAUUCGUAACAGGGGUCACUUUGAUCCUAUUCCUAUGACAUAUAUUGAACUGUAUUCUGCGUUGGUCCAGAAAGGCUUGAUCACAACUAGGGCCCUGCCUCCUCCUCUAUAUCCUUUUCCAACAGGAUUCCAGUCCGAUCUUCACUGUGAGUUUCAUCAAGGUGGUGCAGGCCAUAAUUUAAAAAAUUGCUAUACAUUGAAGGCCAGGGUACAAGAUUUGGUGAAGGCAAAGAUUCUUCUAACUUUCAAAGACACAAAUCCCAAUGUUGUCAACAACCCUUUGUCAAGAUAUGCUAAGUGA